CGCCCUUUGAGACCAGGGGCAGGCACAUCCGCGGAGGGUGCAAAGGUCUGCCUUGGAGCUCGCGUCGAGCAAUGCUGGCGGGCUGAGGGCGGCCACUUACAGGCACGCCUCGUUUCACAUCACAUCAGGACUAAAAACUCCCCCAGCCCAGAACACACCAGGGAUGAAAGGGCGAAGGGGCAGGGCAGCCCCGCUGCUGCCGUCACGUAGGUGUCCUCAGGCCCCGCCCCCUGCGCCUUCCACCUUUCCCUUUUGGGGCUCUCUCUCUCUCUCUCUCUCUCAGCGAUACUCCAGACCAGAGGCGUUGCUCGCAGACGAGGAAGUGGAGUCGCCCGUGCCGCUGCCGCCCCUGGAGCGAGCUAUGGGGCGCACGAGCUGGUUUUGGCUGGGGUUCCUGGUCCUGAGCGGCGCCCUGCAGGUCGUUUCUUCUACCGUGAGAAAUGGAACCAUCAGUCCCAAAGGAAGAAGCUUUAUUGGGCAUAAAACCAAUUCAAGUAAUACCUCUAGAGAAGCAUACAGUGUGGAUGAGUUUGCAACCAAAAUCCUUACUGGGAAGCUGACUACAGUUUUCCUGCCGGUGAUCUACAUUGCAGUGUUCAUAAUUGGCUUACCAAGCAAUGCCAUGGCUCUGUGGGUCUUUUUCUUGAGAACAAAAAAGAAGCACCCAGCAGUGAUCUAUAUGGCUAACCUGGCACUGGCAGAUCUCCUCUUUGUGGUCUGGUUCCCUCUGAAGAUCGCAUACCAUAUCAAUGGCAAUAACUGGAUUUAUGGUGAAGGUCUCUGUAAAGUCCUUGUUGGAUUCUUCUAUGGGAAUAUGUACUGCUCCAUUCUUUUUAUGACAUGCCUUAGUGUACAAAGGUACUGGGUCAUUGUGAAUCCUAUAGUGCGCUCAAGAAAGAACUCUGAAAUCGCAAUAGGAAUUUCGGUUGCAGUAUGGAUCCUAAUUUUGCUUGGCACCAUUCCAUUAUAUCUUGUUGACCAAACAGUUUAUAUUUCUAACCUCAACAUCACUACGUGUCAUGAUGUCUUGCCUCACGCCUUGUUGGCUCGUGAUAUGUAUAACUACUUUCUUUCUCUAGCAAUUGGAGUCUUCUUGUUCCCAGCUGUUCUCACAUGUGUUGCCUACAUUCUCAUGAUAAAGACUUUGAAUGCUUCAAUGAUGGAUGUAAGCAUUGGGAAGAAACGGAAGAGAGCCAUCAAACUCAUCAUUAUAGUACUUUCCAUGUAUUUGAUUUGCUUUUUGCCCAGCAAUGUUUUGCUUGUGGUGCACUACUCUCAGAUCAAAACCCAUGGCUUCAGCAACAUCUAUGCAUCAUACAUCACAGCCCUAUGCCUCUCCACUCUAAACAGCUGCAUUGAUCCAUUCAUCUAUUACUUUGUUUCCAAAGAUUUUAGAGACAAUCUUAAAAAUGCUCUUCUCUGUCGAAGCGUGCGUACUACAAAGAGGAUGAAAGUCUCCCUCUCUUCAGGCAGAUAUCCAAGGAAAGCCCCUUCUUACUCAUCCAGUUCAACCACUACCAAGUCAACUUACUAAUCUUAAUAGGUGGAAAGCAGGAAAGCCGUGACUCAUAUGGGCAAAGAAUGUUGUGUUUAAAAAACACACACAGCUGGAACUCUAACCAUAUUUGAUUCAUACCAGAACUUUGUCAGAAUGGGGAAAUGCUGAUUAUAAUAUAGGGUCUCCAUCACUUAUACUAACCUGCUUGUUCUCAAGUAAAAAGCCAGAAGGGCCUGCUCAAGUUAGCCCCCCCCCAGCUGUUUUUGGACUACAACUCCCAUAAUCCCCUUCCACAGUGGUCAAUAGCCAGGGAUUAUGGGAGCUAUAGGCCAACAUCUAAAGAAAGGCCGAAGUUGAGUAGCCCUGCAAUACAUAGAUGAACUGUGGCUUAAAUUUUUUAAAAAGGAAUUGGGACAACUAUAUUUUCACAGAUGAGUUAAUUGUGUGUUAAGAGGACUUUCUGUGUAAAUGCUGAUGUCCCAAGGGGGCUAUUACUAACACCCAGGUGUAUCGGAUCAGAAGACUGAAGGUCUUAUGUAACUGAUAAUCUUAUGUAUUAGUUACACAGUUGAAUUUUGAGGGCAAAACCCUUUCUUAAUGAGGCACACCUCCCACCUUACAACACAUAUAUGAAAAUCAAUCAUUUGCAUGUUUGACAAGCCUUUCUGCCAACCAAAAACUGAUGGAAGCCCUGGAAACUUGUAGUAUUGAUGUCCAAGGGACUCUUAUUUGCACUGAUAUAUAUAGAUAUAUAUAGACACAUUUAUACACACACACCUUUUUAUUUUAAAUAUUCUGUGAAUAUUCAAUGUGACCAAUAUAUCAUCUUAAUGUAACAUGUAAUUUUGUCUUUUUUUAGAACUGCAGCAAUUUCACUUACAAUGUGUUAAACUUUUUAUAAAGAGAUACUCUAAUAUA